AUGGACCCAUUCACAGCUGACAUGAACUUCGUGACCCACGAAUACGCCUACUUCCAUCGGUUUGGACAUAUUCGUCCCAAUCUAUCCUUCCAGUCUCGCGUCCGGAUCCAGAGGACUUGGCUUCUCUUCGCAAGACUUCUGGGACGGUGGCCUCGGUGGAGGGAUUUCACUGCUGUGAGAGCGAUGGGAUUGGAAAUGGUCUUGGAAAUGGAGAGGGCUCGUCGUGGACGGCAAGGGAGAGAUUACGUGUUGAGGUCUCGGCUGCGAGAUGGUGAAGCUUUGUGGAAUUUCAUGGGGCGGAAUGAUGGUUUUGGUGCUCGCAAUCAGCCUCAUUAUACCGCUGGCGUGCAGAACUCUUACGAGCACGCUUCUCGAGAGCCAGGCCCUUCCCGACGUGGAGCUGAGGUGAGGCACGGAGAUACUGUGGGAUGCUUCACUCCACCUCAAACUCCACCUCAUGGCGUGGAUAGCGCGACGGAUAUGCACGAUCUGGCUCGAGCGGAUCCAUAUGGCAGCAGAGAGGGACAGCAAGCGCCGACUGAAGCAACUGGUACGAUGGAAAAUGAAGGCAUCGCGUACUUCCUCGGGCCAAACAGCGCCCGUGAGCUCAUGAGCCCUCCUCUUGUGGAAGACUUCACACGCCAUCAUCACCCGGAAGAAAGCCACGAAGAAGCUCGACGGCCGCAUCAGGCAUAUAUUGAAGAUGCAGAGCCAAGUCCGCCUCGAAGUCACGAGUCUGAUGAGCGAUCUCAACAGCACGACGAUUGCCACGCACGGCCACAGCAGUAUUAUAGCAACACUCACGUCUUCCUUGCUCGCAUCCCGGACGAUCCGCCACUCCCCGACGUGGAAAACGCAUGCCAGACCAUAGACAUCGAUUCUCGCAUCUCUGAUCCAGAGCUUAGCUGUCUUCGAGACGGCACAGAGACUCUGGACGAUGAAGACGAAGGAAUCUACGCCCGUUCCAGCCAAAUUACAACGCUCUUCGACGAAGAAACCGGCCCCAUUCAAAACGCAGGUGACAGAGAAAGCGACAGCGACCGCACCCUCAUCGACGAAGACGAACCCCACCAACAAAUCUACACCCGCCUCCGCGAAGACCCCAGAGCCCUAGAAGAGACCACCACCGGCCCCAACCGCAUCCUCUUCGGCAGAGAGCGCAACAACAACCGCGCCCUCGUCGACGAAGAAGAAGACGAAUCCUUCUUCGAACGACUCUUGACUUCAUUCCUAGAACCGCAUCAGAAACCUCGGUGGUACAAGCGUUCCCACGAAGAUGCAUUGAGUUCAGACCCGGAUCGUUCGACUCUAGAAUUCCUCAGGGCAUUGGGAGAGGAACAUGUGAUUCCGCUCAGGGCAGUUGAGGAGCAGAAUGAGAGGGGUUAUCGCCGCCGUCGCCGUCAGUCGGCUGUUCACCCUCCUCCCGGGUCUACUCACAGUUAUGGAACGACAACCUAUCCAGCAUCCCAAACCGAUCCCCCUCGUCGCACGGAUUCGGACCUCAGGAGAAUGCGCACACUCCCCUAUCCUUAUCCCUCCUCCCAACUCCCAGAACCCUACAAUUUUCCCCUCCCACAUUCCCACGCUCCAACUCCGAUCCUCCUACCCGCAAACCUCUGCAGAAUAUAUCAUCCACGACUGCGAUCAAGAAAGACCACACCUGGUGUAGACUCCCUCUCCACCCCGGAUAUUUCCCAUCGAAGAUCUCAUGGAGACUCUGAGCGCAGAGGAUAG